CCUCCGCUGGACUCUGACAUUUUGGUAACCGAGCUGUCAUUUAUCUGACUGAUGGUUUCUGUCUGUGCCUCCGAGCCUCUUUGUUUGGAGAGGGUGUGGUUGGACUAUCUGGACCUGUAACUGGCCGGCGAUGUUAAAAAUGCGCACCAUUUUCACAGCAGACAAUAACAAAGGACUCAUUUAGCCUAUUUCUGUUUUCCUCGCUCAGCUGUAAUCAUCUGUUUGGAGGAAAACAGUGAGGAGAGGCUGUGCCCCGCCCUUUUUCCUCUGUUGUGUGGGGGAAAAGUGGCCAGUCUCUCGCUUUGCGCUCUUACAGCUACAGCUGCACACCCGGUGUAACGUUCACUGACCGCUCGGUGGAUGUUGAAGUUCAUUCGCUUUAAUUGGACAUUAUAAAGUUCAGCUGGGUACACGGACACAAGUCUUUAUCCGCCCCUUUCUGUGCUUCCGGCUUGCUUUGCUCUCUUACGUACUACCGUCGUGAUACGGGGUUUCCAUGGUUACAAAUAACAUUUAUUGGAUAUAGAAGAGCCCAACUUCCUUGACAGUUCCAGUAUCCGCCCACUGUCAACACAGAGAUCCGCCGGAGUCUCCACCUGAAUCCAGGAAAGCUCCUCAGACUGAAGGCGUCCAGGUGUUGCGCUACUACACUCUACUUGGACACGAAAAAAACCCAAAACAAAAAUAAACAAAAAACUGCGAGCCACACUAGACUUGAAGCUUUGUUUUUAGAAUUUUACUGCGUUUAAACUAUGCAGGGAAAAGGCACUUUUAUCAGCCCCUUUCACAGACCGCGGUGUCUGGCGGCAGCGGCGCCGGCUGGGAAAGCGAAAUUAACUCACCCGGGAAAAGCGAUUCUGGCAGGUGGAAUCGCAGGUGGCAUAGAGAUCUGCAUCACCUUUCCCACAGAGUAUGUCAAGACCCAGUUACAGCUGGAUGAGAAAGCUAAUCCACCAAAAUAUAGAGGAAUAGGUGACUGUGUGAAACAGACAGUACAGAGUCACGGUAUCAAAGGACUGUACAGAGGGCUCAGCUCUCUGCUGUAUGGAUCCAUACCCAAAUCUGCUGUCAGGUUUGGGGUGUUUGAGUUCCUCAGUAACCACGCCAAGGAUGAGUCCGGUCGACUGGACAGCACCAAAAGCCUGCUGUGUGGGCUUGGAGCUGGGGUCAUGGAGGCUGUUCUGGUGGUCUGCCCAAUGGAAACAGUCAAGGUUAAAUUCAUUCAUGACCAGACUUCAGCCAACCCCAAAUACAAGGGAUUCUUCCACGGAGUCAGAGAGAUAGUCAGGGCUCAAGGAUUAAGAGGGACAUAUCAGGGUCUAACUGCAACAGUCUUGAAGCAAGGCUCCAACCAGGCUAUUCGAUUUUUCGUGAUGACUUCUCUCAAGAACUGGUACAAAGGUGAUAACCCCAACAAAGCAAUAAAUCCACUGGUGACUGGACUCUUUGGAGCCAUAGCAGGAGCAGCCAGUGUAUUUGGAAACACUCCACUAGAUGUCAUCAAGACAAGGAUGCAGGGUCUAGAAGCACAUAAAUAUAAAAGCACGCUGGACUGUGCCAUGAAGAUCUUGAGAUAUGAAGGGUUGGCAGCGUUCUAUAAAGGAACAGUUCCCCGGCUUGGCCGUGUAUGUCUUGAUGUGGCCAUAGUUUUCAUCAUCUAUGAGGAGGUCGUAAAGGUUCUGAAUAUGGUCUGGAAGACAGAAUAGGUGGUUGGACAUAUGAAGAAGGUGGCAACUUCCUCCUUCACAAGCAUCAGACAUAGAUCUGACUUCAGCAGGCCUCUUUUGUGUCAUGAAACCAACAGCAGAAGGGGUGAAAAAGAGAGCUGAACUUAGAUUAGUGUUGUAUGCAGAGCAGGAAGUCAAUAUACUCGGAGACAAAAGAAGAAAAAGGGGGCCUGGCGUCACCUACACCUGGUGUAAGUGAUGCUCAGCAUCAACAUUCCCCGACAAGAUUGAAGAAAAAGAAAGAUAAAUUAUAAUUAAAUAAUAAUAAAAAAAGAAGCUUUAUCCUAAAGAUGCAUCACCAGUUUAUAAAUGUAUAUAAAAAUACUAUGGCAUGGCCAGCGGCAACAGCACCUUUAUUUUAAGUUAUCUGGUUUACUUCCUCUGUAAGCCUCUGUCAGGGAAGAGCAUUAUUUGUAGUCAUUCACAGCUGUUUUACUGCAAAUAUGCAGGUGUCAUGCUGGAUUUUCUUGAGUUUGCGUUGCUCUCGGUCUCUUCUAAAAGUCCAGAGGAGCCACAGAGCAACUGGUUGCAGUUUGCAGUCACACAAGCUGCAGCAACUUCCAUAGUUAGGCCUUAAAUAAAAUUGGUUUAUAACCUGCCAUGUAUUUUUAUACAGUGUAGAUUCAACUUAGUUUAUUAAUAACUUAAAGAAUGUUAUAUAUUUUAAUUCCUGUGCCAAAUGUCAAACCUAUUAUGUUAUGAAAUUCUGUUCAGGGUAAAGCAAAGUAACCUAAUUAUUUUAAGAAAAGAGUAAAUAUGAGUAUGUAUUGUGAGAUACAUAAUUUUUGAAAGUGAAAUAUUAAAUAGAGAAUUAAGAGAAUAUUUGCUGUUAAUCUGUGCCACUAUGUUGUUUUUUUUUUCUUAAUUGGGUGUAUAAUUUUUUUUUUUUUUUAAGAUUUUAGAAAAUUAUUUAAUUGCUUUGUAUAUCACUGUGAGUCUAAAAGACACAAUGAGUCAUUUAGAGUAAGUAACAUCAGGCCUCUCUUUUGCUUUUAGUGGAAACAACACCUCUCAUUGGGUCAUAUUUUACCAACCUGACUCCACCAAGUGCGGAUUUUUGUUCUGUUUACAUUAGAUACAGUUUUACUUAAACAAAAAUAUUUCUGCUAAAUGCACUGCUUGGCCCAAAAAAAAAAAAAAAAAAUUACAAACUCUAAUAUUUUAUUGAACCGCCUUUAGCUUUGAUAACAGCAUGCAAUCAUCAGUGCAUGGUUUUGAUAAGCUUAUCACAGCAUCUAUUUCUAUCUAGGGUUGGUUUAAUUUUUUUUUUGCCAGGAUCUCGUAUUGAUGAUAGCAGUUUCAGGCCACUGUGAACAUCACAAAGAUAUUCAAUGAGUCUGCAGCCAAUUCAUGUGUGAAAACGAUGAUUUGUGUUCCCUGACCUGCUCUUUCACAAUAUGAGACUGACAAAUCCUGGCAUUGUCAUCUUGGAAUCUGUCCGUGCUAUCAGGAAAGAAACAAACAUUACUGGAAAAACCUGGAGGAUGUUCAGGUCAUGUGCUGACCUCAUUAUUUGGGCAAGUAAUGCUGCUGAAACUCGGCCUGCUCAGAUCAUAACACUGCCCCCGUGCGAGGCAUUCGCCAUGAUGUAUGCAUCACUUCAUCCGCCUCUUUUCUUACCCCAGUGCACCAAUCACUCUGGAACGGGGACCUCAUCGGACAACAUGACUUUAUUUAUUUAUUUUUUACAAUGCUCCAGAGUCCAAUCUUUAUCCCCCUGAAGUGGCAUUAAAUCAAGUUCACGACCACAGGAUAUCACACGAUUCUUUAAGAAAGAGAAAUUACUCACUGCGUCAAUUAGGGUUCAACCUGUUGCCAUCUGAAACUUCACUAUCUGUCCAAUGGAAAGCUCCUAACUAUUUGCUUCAUUCCAGGUGGUGACUUUUUUUUCUGGGCAGUAUUUGUUUCUUCUACAAAUUGUUGGAUGAUUGUUGGAAAUCAGUUUCCAGCGUCAUUCUGUUUCAGUGCCAUGUUUCAUUCAAAGUUUAACUCCAUGUGCCUUUUGCGGAUGUGUUUAUUGGUGAAAACAUAUAAUUAUAAUGUAUUCAUAAAUACAUUAUUUAGUAUUUAUGAAAAUAUUAUUAUUAUUAUUAUUAUUAUUAUUAUUAUUAUUAUUAUUAUUAUUAUUAUUUAUGUAUUUUCUGCGCAACCAGACAAAGUACUCGUGUUCACCACUGCCAGACAACCGAGAGAACAUUAUACUGUGAUAAUAAAUCAGUGUAUUCCAA